AUGCUGGGAGGGAACUGUGGGGACCCCCAGGAGAGGCCACAGGUGACCCAGGACUGGCCCAGGAGCAUGGGGCUUGAGGGACAACACACAGCUGGGCAGCCACAAGCAGCCCUGCUGUCCACACCCAAUAGCAGUGGACCGAGCCAAGAGUUUGGAGGCCACUGGCCAGAGAUCCCAGAGAGGUCCCCGUGUGUGGUUGGCGUCAUCCCUGUCAUCUACUACAGUGUCCUGCUGGGCCUGGGAUUGCCUGUCAACCUCCUGACCGCAGUGGCCCUGGCCCGCCUGGCUGCCAGGACCAGGAAGCCCUCCUACUACUACCUUCUGGCACUCACGGCUUCAGAUAUCGUCACCCAGGUGGUCAUCGUAUUCGUGGGCUUCCUCCUGCAAGGAGCUGUGCUGGCCCGCCAAGUGCCCCAGGCCGUGGUGCGCUCAGCCAACAUCCUGGAGUUUGCUGCCAACCAUGCCUCAGUCUGGAUAGCCAUCCUGCUCACGGUAGACCGCUACAGUGCCCUGUGCCGCCCCUUGCACCACCGGGCUGCCUCAUCCCCAGGCCGUACCCGCCGGGCCAUUGCCACUGUCCUCGGUGCUGCCCUGCUGACAGGCAUCCCCUUCUACUGGUGGCUGGACGUGUGGAGGGAUGCUGACCCUCCUAGCACGCUGGACAAAGUCCUCAAGUGGGCUCACUGCCUCACUGUCUAUUUCAUCCCCUGUGGUGUGUUCCUGAUCACCAACUCAGCCAUCAUCUACCAGCUACGGAAAAGUGGCCAGACUCGGCGGCGCCCCCAGGUAGGUAAAAGCACAGCCAUCCUCCUGGGCGUUACCACACUCUUCACCCUCCUGUGGGCACCUCGGAUCUUUGUCAUGCUCUACCACAUGUACGUGGCCCCCGUCCACCGGGACUGGAGGGUCCACCUGGCCUUGGACGUUGCCAACAUGGCAGCCAUGCUCAACACUGUGGUCAAUUUUGGCCUCUAUUGCUUUGUCAGUAAGACUUUCCGGGCCACUGUUCGAAUGGUCAUCCACGACGCCCACCUGCCCUGCAUGCCAGGGUCACGGCCAGAGGGCACCAUGGUGGGGCCUGUGCUGAAGCCUCUAGGACUCCCCAAAGGAGCAGAAUUAUAG